AUGAAACUUUCAACCGGACCAAUCACUCGUUCCCUUUUCAAAUUACCAUCUUCCCUAACUGCUUCAAACAAAGAUGCACCUAAUCAUCAAUCUUUGUACUCGCUUCUUUCCUACUUUCUGAACUCAAGAUUUAACCAUACCCAGACACUACCAAGAUUUCAUCUUUAUCGUAACCAAAAUCUUCCUUCUUCUUCCCUAUAUCUUCUUUACCAUAAUGACGUUCUGGAUUCAUCAAAACAACCAGAACCCAUCAACAAAAUCGUAUCUUUUGAUCAGAGUGUAUCUCCCAAGGCCAGGAGAAGUGACUCCAGAAAUGGGUGCAUUGGGAACCAAGUCCCAUCUAGAAAGCACCUACAACAUACCCAUUUUCUUAAUUCAUUCAAUAGAGCCAUACCCAUGUCCAAAAUCAUCCUUACUAAUCCAAUAUUGCAUAAAUUUUCUCAGAGGAGGUUGUUCUCGGAUGCAUCAUCGGGCCCUUUUUCGAAAUCGAUGGAUACUGGUUUAAUUGAUUCAGUUCCGGUGAAUUCCACGGUCAGUUCGCCUAGUGAAAGCUCGGCGCCAAUUGAUGCAGGGCAUUCGAUGAGGAAGCCAAUUAACUUAUGGCCCGGAAUGUACCAUUCCCCUGUGACAAAUGCCUUAUGGGAAGCAAGGGCUAGCAUUUUUGAGAGGCCUAACGAUGUUCCUGAUGAUGCCCAUUCAAGGAAUGAGUUGAUUUCUAAACCACCAUCCACGAGCAGGACUAGUAUCGUGUAUAAAUUUUCCACUGAUUACAUACUUAGGGAGCAAUAUCGGAAUCCAUGGAAUGAGAUCAGGAUGGGGAAAUUGGUUGAAGACCUCGAUGCUUUGGCUGGAACAAUAUCCUUCAAGCACUGCAGCAAUAAUGACAGCACUACAAGACCUCUAUUACUGGUCACUGCAUCAGUGGACAAGAUUGUUCUGAAGAAAAUGAUUCUUGUCGACACCGAUCUUAAAAUAACAGGGGCAGUCACUUGGGUUGGGCGAUCAUCCUUGGAGAUUCAACUGGAAGUAACUCAGUGUGGACAAGACACACUCGGUUCGUCAGACAGUAUGGCUCUUACAGCGAACUUCACUUUUGUGGCUCGUGACUCGAAAACUGGAAAAUCAGCUCCUGUGAAUCAGAUAUCACCUGAAACUGAAAGGGAGAGACUGCUUUGGAAAGAGGCAGAAGAGAGGAAUCUUUUGAGGAAGAAGAAAAAAGGCGAGAAAAAACAAGGGAUAGAUAAUGAUGAGGAAAUUAAUAGGCUUAGUGAGUUGCUGGCUGAAGGACGGAUAUUCUCCGACAUGCCAGCUUUAGCUGACAGAGGUAGCAUUUUAAUAAAAGAUACAUCUCUUCAAAAUUCUUUGAUUUGUCAGCCACAACAAAGAAAUAUCCAUGGUCGAAUAUUUGGUGGCUUUUUGAUGCGAAGAGCUUUUGAAUUGGCUUUUGCCACAGCUUAUGCUUUUGCUGGCACGGCACCAUGUUUUCUGGAAGUUGACCAUGUUGAUUUCUUAAAGCCUGUGGACGUGGGAAACUUCCUUCGUCUCAAAUCAUGUGUUUUGUAUACAGAGCUUGAAAACCCAGAUCAUCCUAUGAUCAAUGUUGAGGUUGUCGCUCAUGUUACAAGGCCUGAGCUUAGAUCUAGUGAGGUGUCAAACAAGUUCUACUUCACAUUUGGUGUCCGCUCAGAUGCCUUGAAAAGUGGUUUGAAGAUACGGAACGUCGUUCCUGCCACUGAAGAAGAAGCGAGGCGUGUUAUCGAACGCAUGGAUGCCGAGAAUAUGUAG